CGUUGCUCCAUGACAAGUUCGUUACUCUCUCUUCUCGCAUUCGUCUCCCCCACUUUCUAGUUAUGAGCUAAGCGCGCGAAAACGUCAGGAAGCCAAUUCACCUCCGUCGUAAUCGGGCGGCUCUUUUGAUGAGCAAUGGAUUUCUUCGUUUCAAGUCUUUCAAGCUAUCCACCAAAUCCAAUACUAUCAAUCGUUGGCUCUCGACGGGAUUUGAGGAACACCAGCUUACUUCUGUUCAGUGUGGGGCUCUUCUUCAGUCUUUCAUGAGCACGAAAUCUGUUGGGCGAGGCAAACGGCUUCAUGCUUACACUAUCACAUCUGGUCUUCUCUUCAAUAACACUUACUUGUGCACCAAACUCGCUGCUAUGUAUGCGAGUUUUGGCGAGAUGGUUGAUGCCGGGUUGAUCUUUGAUAGGAUCGUGCUCAAGAGUUCUUUUCUUUGGAAUGUCAUGAUUAGGGGCUAUGCCAACAGUGGAUUGCCUGAAGAUGCGUUAGUUUUGUUUGGUGAAAUGAUCUGUUUUGGGCAGAAGGCCGACAAUUUCACGUACCCAUUUGUUCUGAAGGCUUGUGGUGAUCUGCUGAUGGUGAGGUUGGGGAGGGAGGUUCAUUGCCAGAUUGUGGUUCGCGGGUUUGCGCAUGAUCUUUACGUUGCGAAUUCUCUUUUGGCGAUGUAUUUGAAAUUUGGCGAGGUUUGGGUUUCCCGCCAAUUGUUUGAUAAAAUGUCUGUACGGGAUUUGACUAGCUGGAACACUGUGAUAUCCGGGUAUGCUCAGAAUGGCUAUUUUGAUGAAGCGAUUUCUGUUUUUCGCGUGAUGGAGCAAGCUAGGGUGGGUCAGGAUAGCGUUACCUUUCUGAGUUUGGUGGCUGCAUGUGCUAAUUUGUCUGAUUUGGAGCUCGCAAGACAGGUUCAUGGGCGAAUUGUCGGGGAGUCUUUGGAGUAUGAUGCCUUUGUCCGGAAUUCACUGAUAGAUAUGUACUGCAAAUGCGGUUUCUUAGUGGGUGCAGUGAAGCUCUUUGAAGGGAUCGUCGAUAAAGAUGUCGUGUCAUGGAACUCCAUAAUUGCUGGUUGUGUUAGGAACGGAGAGCCAGUUAGGAGCUUCACUCUUUUCCGAAGAAUGCGGGCUGAAAUGGAUGAAGUUGAUCAAGCUACUUUGACCAGCUUGAUUUCCGCUUGUAACCAGCUUACUGCCCUUCAGUGCGCACGGUGCAUCCAUGCUUACAUUAUUGAAAUUGGAUUUGGGUUUGACAUAACUUUAGGGUCUUCUAUCGUAGAUAUGUAUGCCAAAUGUGGCAGCGUCGAGUUUGCACGGCAAGUUUUUGAUGAGAUACCGACGAGGAAUUUGUUUUCUUGGAGUGCUAUUAUUGCAGGCUAUGGACUUCAUGGGAGAGGGAAGGAUUCACUAUCACUUUUUGGACAGAUGAAGCAUAGUGGAAUCAAACCAGAUGGAGUUACCUGCGUUUCAGUUUUAGCUGCAUGCAGCCAUGCAGGUUUGGUAGAUGAGGGUAGAGAAAUUUUUGAAAAAAUGUCCAGUGAGUAUUCUGUAGUUCCUCAAAUGGAGCACUACAUUUGCUUCGUUGACCUCCUUGGUCGAGCUGGUCGACUAGAGGAGGCAUAUGAUUUCAUUGAGAGGAUGAAAAUGGAGCCCAGCAUUGAUGUGUGGGCAUCUCUCCUUUCUGCUUCUAGAACACAUAACAAUAUGCAUCUUGCAGAAGCUAUAGCAGAUAAGAUUUUUCAUUUGAAGCCUAAAGGAACUGGGGUCUAUGUUGCUCUGUCAAAUAUUUAUGCAUCAGCCCGUAGAUGGAAAGAUGCAGAAGUCGUCCGUGCAAUUCUGAGGCAGAGAAAGUUGAAGAAGCCGCCUGGUUAUAGUUUUGUUGAACUAAACCGAACAGUCCACUGGUUUCUGGUAGGUGACAGGUCCCAUCCUCAGUCUGAGGAGAUUUAUGCUAAACUGGCUGAUUUGAGAAUUCAUAUGAAGGAAGCUGGUUACAAGCCUGAUACAAGCUCUGUCUUCUAUGAUGUUGAGGAUGAUGUGAAGGAGAAAAUGCUCGAAUGUCAUAGUGAAAGAUUAGCAAUUGCGUUCGUCCUCAUCAACACAAGGCCAGGUACUCCCAUCAGAAUUGCAAAGAACCUUCGCGUAUGUAAUGACUGCCAUUCUGCAACGAAGCUAAUAUCAAAGCUUGUUGGUCGGGAGAUCAUUGUAAGAGAUGCCCGUAGGUUUCACCAUUUCAUUAAUGGCUCUUGUUCUUGUGGUGAUUACUGGUGAAACCUUUGUCAUGCUCGAAUCUUCUAAUCAUGCAACUGAACAAAUGCAAUGCUCCCAUAAUGGAAUGGGUUGCCAAUCAAAUGGAAUUCUUUUCACCGUAGACGUCUAUAUACUGUAUGAUAACUCAGGCCUCAACGCCUAAAAGGUCUUCAUCUGGCAGGGUGACUUGUGAACAUGACCACAUUGAGUACAGGAUGCCACAAGUUCAGAAACCCACAAGAGGACACCCUUUACGUGAAUGUUGGAGCUGGGUAAGAUGAACCUCGCAGAUUUUCCUGACGCUCAGAAAAAGUGACGGCUCCUUAUAGAGGAGGUUUCCUGACAAAAUACUAUAUAAAAUCAACACAGCGCUAGGUUGAGUCGGAGUGUCUGCAUGGGCAUACCUAAUGUGUUUUGGAAUCAAAAUUCAAUCUGAGAUUAUAAUCUUAAUUUUC